UGGAUCUACAACGCGUCGAUGAAAGCAGUUUUGCUCUAUGCUUGUGAAACCUGGCCUCUCCGAGUUGAGGAUGUCAAACGACUCUCUGUGUUCGAUCAGUCAGUCAGUCAGCUACAACGUAGGACCAGGCACAUAUAUGCAUCGGUCCAAGUUGCCAUACCUCAUUAACACAACAAGAUGGACACCGGAUUCAUAAAAGUAGUUAAUUCAAAGGUGGUAAUAUAUAAAAGAAAGAUUGCAAUAAGGAUAUAGUACAGGAAGAAAGAAUUAGUUCGUAGAAAGAAAGAUAUUAAGCGAUUUUAAUCUCUUAGUUUAAGGGAAGGCAGAGAGUGUAUACACCGACGCCAUUGUGAUCGAUUCUGAGCCAUGAUACCCAGAGUCUCCAACCAUUGGUUACGAUAGUCGCGCGGACCUCAACCAAGUUGUCUGCAUCUACCAACAUGGCUCAGAUCAGAAGUUACUGACUUCAAGCACUGAUGCCACGUUUUGGUUUCUCUGCUCCUAACUUUCUUCCAGCCAUCUCGAACACCGGUUAGCAUUACACGUCGUGGUAAUCGGUGUUCAGGCAUACGUAACACGUGGCCCAACCAUCUCAUUCGAUGAAGAUUCAUAACCUCAUCAACUGAUUUACCAUCAUUUUCUAAUACCCUGCGUCUAACCUUACUAUUACUUACCCGGUGAUCCCAGCAGACGCCAGCAAUAUUUCUAAGGCAUCUGUGGUCAAAUACUAAUAGCUUACGAGUGUCUUCUACUCUUAAUGGCCAUGUUUCGCUGCCGUAAAUUAAAACAGAAGGGACUGCCGCUGUGUUCGAUCAUCGUUGUCUUCGAAGGAUUGCUGACAUCCAGUGGCAACACCAUGUUAGUAAUGCAGAGGUUCGGCAUCGUGUGUUCGGUCACAGAGACGAUAAUGCAUUUGGUGUCACCUUCUUGAAACACCGACUUCGGUGGCUUGGACAUGUUCUACGAAUGUCGUCUCAGAGGAUUCCACGUCGUGCAUUAUUUGCCGACUCUGGGACUGGUUGGAAAAAGCGGAGAGGUGGUCAGUAUAUGACAUGGUGUCGUGGCAUGAAAGAAAGCUGCAAAGUACUGGUUUGCGUUGGACCUUCACGGCUCCCUGGCUGGGGUCCGAGAGGUGGUGCGACACAAUGGCGAUCAUGCUGUAACCUUCUUUUACUUUCUUCAUAAAAAGUGGUUUUGUCUUCCUCAAUUGAAAGAUUUCUUCUGAUUGUACCUUUCCGUUCCCCCAUUUUUACCACUAUUAUUAUUACACCACCUUACAUCAAUCUCUUCGUUAUUAUUCUCUCCUUUUUUCCCUUCCCAUUAAAUUCUCAUUGUUUUGUGUGGCGCAUAUAUAUUUGGCGCAUUCUUGUACCAAUAUUUAUGUGUUUAAAUAAAUAAAUAAUAAAGAUUAGUUGCUUUAGUAGUUCGCAUGUAUUUAUAAUAAGUAUGGUACGUGAAAUAAUUAUAUAUAUGAUAAUUACGCCUUGUCAUAGUUGCGUGCUUUUAUUGCUACCUGUAUUUUCUCUUUAUGUGAUAUACUAUAAUAGUUAAACGUUAUUCAGUAGUUCAUUUUUUUACUGUAAAUCAAUUGUAGUGUUUUGUUUCUAAUCAUGCUCUCAUCUGACUUAUGCUACUAACUGUAAACCUACGCAAUGAAUUGAGAUUAGUAUGUUAUCGAUCAAUGAAAUGGUUAUCCACCACUCUCGUAGUUUCAUUUUCCUUUAGUCAGCAAAACGUAUAUGUAGUUUACUCAUUGACCAUUUUAUCACCUGUAAAAUUGUGUUCUUAGGUGUACUACAGACAGUUGAUAAAUACUUCAUUCGUAAUUUCAAAAAACAUGUUUUUAUAUUUCUUUUUGACGCUUAAUGGAGUAACUUAUUAUUUUUCUUAUAUAUUUGUGGUUCUCUGUAGUCUUUUCGCAAGUAUGUAGCGAUUGGGACAAACAAAGGUGUCAUAUUUAUUUUCAGUAAGUUCACAUUAUUCAUUUCUAUCAUGCAAGUUUUCCUGCUUUCGUACGUUGUCCCACAUGUAUUACAUUUUUAUAAUACUCCAAAACACAAACAUUGGUACAAGGAGGCACCAAAUAUAUAUGCGCCUUUGUCAUGCGAUUUGUGUGAGGUCUGGAAUACUAUCCAGGCGCCCAAACAGAAGCAGGAUAAUGCUGUUAUAUUAUAUGUUCAGAAGUCAUAAUGUAUAGAUACUUUAUACCUAUUUUAAAAGUUCAUAAUAAAGAGUAGCAAGUGAUCGAAAUCACACAAAAAUUAAAUUAAUAUUAAAGUCGCAAUUAUGCUACAUAAUCUACUUUAAAUAUUUAUAUUUGUUUUUACUGUUCCUCCUGACUGUCUAACUAAAACUGUCACACUAAUUAGCCACUUGGUAGUAUUCAACGCCAUCCUUCUAUUCAUUAGUAAUUCAGAUGAACUGAUCAUCGCCGGAUAUCUCAGUAGCAAUGUUUCUGGUUACGUUAUUAGGUAAUACGAUUCUGAAUUUCUCUAGUCCGUCUAUCCCAUAAAAACAGAUUUAUCUUUCCAAUGAAUGCCAGCGAACACCAAGUCCAUGAUUUCCUACCUAUUUUUUUCCAACUACCUGGCGGUAGUGAUUUAUUAAAACACAGAAAUUAGUAAUUUAAUUGACAGUAUGCGUUUUAUCGCUCUGCCAUUUUUUAGUCAUUUACAACAAUCAACUGGUUGUCUCUAAUUUCAAUAACUUCGACUUGCGUAAAUGAAUAUUGUUGCUAUUUUUCAUUCUUGCUACAGCUGCUUGUAAAUUUCUUGUCGGUUGUAAGAACUAUCACCCACUUCGGUUUAUUAAAACCUAGACAUCUACACUGUUAAGAAACUUUCAAAUAGUUUACCUGCAUACAAUCGUUAAUCAAUAUGGGUUUAACUAUCACUAAGCCGAUAAACCUACAUGAAGUUUUUGGUUGUUUGCUCAGUGAAUUAAAAAUACUGCUAAAAUGGAACACAAUUUUCACACUCCUGGAGUGCUUAGUACCAGGUUUGGCUUAUUUCUUUGAUUGCCAAAAUAAAUAUAGGACAUUUUUUAUUCUUGUAGUCGUGCUCCUUUUCCUUGUUAGGACUUUAUUUUCUCAUCUGUUUUUAAACCUUACCAAUGUUAGAUUGCUUUUGUUUCUUUGAAUACAAUUAAUAUUGGUCCAGGGGCAUUAGUAUUUAAUGUUUUUCGAUAGCAGUUAUAUGCCAAUCUAAACUGAACGCAAUGUCUUCCAACUUACGAGCUUUCUUGUAUCAGUUUUUUUAUAUUACACCAAAGCCUAAACCUAGUUUUAUUAUUUUGUUAGACCAAAUAUAGCGCUAGCAAUUUUUUAUUGUCACUGAGGAAGAUCUAUACAUUAUGUCAACUAAUCAAGCUUCUACUUCGUUGAUCCGAUAUUCAUUGUCAUUACAUGUUUCAACUCUCCAAUUACUCAUUUCUGUUAUGUAGAUUUACAUCAAGUCUUGAGACUUUGUUUUGGCAACAUAAGUCCACCAAAUACUCCUGAAGCAAAAGCUGGGGAAGCUCAAGGCCCAAUAACUGUCUUAAGCCAGAAUCCAAAUGGAACUUUAUUAAUGACUGCGUAUAGUAGUGGUAGAAUAGCUGUUUGGCAAAUUCCUGCUUCAGUCUUAUCUGAGAAAUCUGGACAAGAUACAAUAAUGGGUCGCCAGUAUGCUCCUGAUGACGAGUCAGAUAUACCAGAAACAUCACAGAGAAACGAUGGUGGUCUUAACUCUAUUCAAUUAAAUUGCAACUAUGCACCACAAGAGGUCUCACUGACCCCCAAAAAGAGGGGUUCAGUCUCUUUUUCCAAUAACGGUGGUUAUGGGCGUCUCCUCUGUAUAGUCGACGAUGCUCAUGGAGUUGGUCAUUCAAUCGGUCUUUGUUGUUUUACUACUGUUUCCUCGCUAGCUGCGUGUGUUGACACCGGAGGAUCAGUGUUUCAGCUUAAGUUUACACAAGGCUUAGUUGGUAUGAAAGGCGAAUCUAUAUGUUUCUUUUCUGGAAGUCAUGGAGAAAUAUGUGCAAUGGAAGCCCUUGGAUUGAAUGCGUCGAAAACUAAUGGACAUUUUGAUUCAAAACAGUUAGAUGAUCAACUUAAAGAAGCUAAGCAGUCGAUCCUAAAUUCUUCUGCUCUUCUGGCUCUGGCUUCGUUUACCAAACUGAUCAUUGUACAGUUGCGUCCUCGUGUUCAAGUAUCCCACUGGCAGGUUUUGAAAGGACCACCUGCAUUCCUUCCCUUUUUAAAUUGGUACUGGAGUGCUGAUUCUCCUGAUAAUGCAUUUAUUGCUUUUGGUCGAGGUUCAGUUGUUUACAUUAUGCAAGUUUCUAAGAUUUCCCAGUCAGACAACACUUCUGUUACUUCUUUACGAUUAAAUGAUUCUCCUUUUCCUGAUAGUUCCACCCUCUUACGUUCGAAUACUUCAAAGAAUAGCGGGAAUCGGCUUGGUUUUAGAUUGUUAUAUUCUUUUAGUUUCGAACAAAACUUUCUCAACCUGAAGUGGAUCUCUUUUAAUCAACUUAUCGUUGUAAAUGAAUGUGAACAACUUCAUUUGUUGAAUAGUAUAACUGGGGAAAUGCUAGAAACCAUUGAUAUCUCAAAUAUUCAUCUCCGUCUUAAUUCGGAUUUGUUUAAGUUUCCGAAAAUUAGUGAAGCUCUUGCUGUUGCUGGGGUACGAGCUUGUAUGCAUUCCAUUACUGCUUAUGGAUCUCAGUUAUUGAUCCUCGGUGAAACCGGGUUGUACCUGAUAGCAUUACGUACAUGGAACGAGAGUGUUAUUUUUCUUCUACGCCGUAAACAACUUCAAUUGGGUCUUAAUUAUAUGGAAGCUGCAUUAAAAUCAAUAACAUCUGUCAACCAAACUAAUGUUUCUUAUUUUUCCAAUGAAACAGUAGAUAAUGAUUACAGUGAAUCCUUAUUGUAUAAUCAAAUCCUGACUAUUCUUCAUGACGAGGUGCUUCAUGUUUUAUCGUCUCAGAAUGAUGAAAAUGAUAAUUGGAUAUCGGCGUCUUCAGUGAUUGAAUCAAUUUUUAGGAUAGCUUGCAUGAUUAAGAAGCCGUAAGUGUUUUUUCUACAUAGUCUAGCAACAAAUUGUGUACUAAUUCAAAGACUGUGUUUUAGUCUUUGGGUUUUUGUUCCAUGGGUUUGGAGCUCGUCAGUGAAGAAACGUAAAACCGAGCACAAACACCUAUCUGUCCAUGUUGCUACACUGCGUUAGCACAGUAAGACAAAAUUGUUUAGACAAAUACCAAAGUAGAAAUAUUAGUAAUAUCUUUCAAUGCAAAAAGGAUUAGGGGUAGAAAAUAAGACAGGAAAGGAGAGAGUCAGUUCACGAAAUAAAAGAUUCGAAUAAUUUUCAAACUUGGGAUCUAAGUGAAGAUAAAAAGUGAAUGCAUCUGUGCUAUUGAGAUCAAUCCUGAGCCUUGCAGCCGGACGUCUUGAUACGUUGAUCACGAUAAAUGCUCUGACUUCAAUCGGAUAUUCAACACUUACCAACAUGAUUCAGAGCAACAAGCGAUAAAUUCAUGGAUUGAUGGCACGUUUUGACCUGACCAUCCCUAUUUUCCUCUGGAUCUACUAAUGCUAUGUCAGCCAAGAUUGCAAGUUCAGGUAGGAGGGAGUUGUUGGUCAUACUCACUUAAUACUGUGAACAGUUUUCACAUCAUUCAGUGGAAGUCAGCAAUGUCCACAACCCCUUACUGACAAAAUUAAAAAAGAUUGUUUUCAAGAUAUAAAAAUUACCUUACUAUAAAGUCAUUUUAAAAAUAUUAUGAACUUCUCAAUUAAUAUUAUUAAAUAUGUUUAGUUCUUUUGUAUUGAUUAACCGCUACUGUGUUAAAUGUGAAAAUUGUACCGGGAGCUCACCUCUAAAAAGUUUUCGGGAAAAUAUUGUAUGUUGUAGUGAACCGAGUCAGUACCAAUCCAUGCUGAUUUGCUCUGGGUUGUUGCCUGAUAUUAGCAUUCCUCGUUCAAUUAUUUCUGCUUCCUGUUUUCUGCAAAAAUUUACACUUAAAAUAAUCGACUACUGGAUGAUACCAUUUAUUUUGUUCUUUAGUUUUCCGUUUUACAGUGUGGUGGUUAAAUUAACGACGAUGCCGUUGUGCAUCAUUUUCGAAGUUGCGCUAAGUCAGUCGAGACAUCCUCGAAACUACCAAGUAUUUUCAAAAAUCAGUCUCUAAUUAAGCUACUAUCGAGAUUCGUAACCUUUUCCAAGGACAAUAAUUCAGUAUAGAUUUAAUUCAUGCUUACUGAAUCUUUACUUGGUACCUGACUGUAGUUUAGGUUUACACACCCACUUAAACAGUCCAGUUGAUCCAACAUUAUUUGAGAUUAUGACUAAACUUCUAUUUCCCAUUUUCAAAUUUAAAAAAUAACUACCGACGUAAAUAUAAAAUGUUUUUAGUUAAAAUGACUAGUAAUGAAUUUUCUUUAUAGCAGUUCCUUUUUUGGAUAUUUCUUGUUUUUAUUGCUCAUUACUCUUUCUGGGGUUCAGUCUAUGUAUUUAUCCAUUGGUUACGUGUUUUUUUUAGUGAAUUCAUUUGGUUAGAGUUAUAUCCAGCUGUCCGAAAUCUUCCCCAGUUAGCAUCUGCUUUAUUUAAUGCUAUAUUUUCUAUCUUGAAGUCAUUGCCUCCGUUCGAACAAUUACGUACAAACUGUUCUCAACCUCUACAUGAAAUUAAUUCCAAGCAGGCUUUCAUUCAACUCCCUCCUGAUAUGAGCAAAGAAUUAAUUGAUUGGUGCUUACAUGAAGAUGAUGCGUUAGAGGCAAACAUAGAUGAUAUGAACUCGACGUGCAGUUAUAAUUUAAUUGAUAGAAAAGUUAGAACAGAAAUCUGUCUUCUUCGUUUACACCCAUCAUGCCUGGAUCUAAACUAUGUAAGUCAAAGUCUAGAAAUCCUUCCCUAGAUAUCUUUACUACUUAAUCGUUAUCAAGCUAGUUCUACUUGUUUUUUUUGGAUGGAUUACGGUUUCGAGUAUUGGUCCAAGUUAUGAAGGGUGUUUUUAGAUGGAAAAAAUCUUGCCCUAAGCUUUUAUUUAAUUCUAAAACGUCCAGUCUUCAGAACAUCUCAUCUUCACCUAUGAAACUUGUUUAUUCAGCUAAUAGUUAUCUCAUUUAGUUAAAACAUCAUGUAAAUACUGCCAUAAUCGGUUGACACAUGUUCAGAUAUUGUAGCCUUUUUUUCACAUAUUGAAGUCAGCAUCGAGUUCAGUAGGGGUCAUCAUGCAAAAUACUUUUUAUAAUCCCAUUACCGUCUUGAAAACUGUAAGCUAUUUAUUGUGUAGCGUAAUGUAGUUGUUUCAAUAGUCAAGAUGAUGAAUCAAUUGAAACUAGACCACCAUGGAAAACCUGAAAGCACUGGACGGCCGUUCCUUCCUAAUGUAGGACCCCUCAGCGGUGCACAUCCACGACCCCGCCUCACGGGAUUUGAACCCACGACGUACCAGUCGUGGAUGCGUACUGCUGAGGAGUCCCACAUUAGGACGAAACGGCCGCCCAGUGCUUCCAGGUUUUCCAUGGUGGUCUAGCUUCAAUUGACUUAUGAUCUUAACUAUUGCAGUUACUACAAUCUCCACAAAACCCCUUCUGAUACUAAUGUAGUUAUGUUUGUUUUUCGUCUAUUGUAUUAUAAAGAAACCAUAAAGUAAUGAACACUAAUUCCGUUAUUCGCCAUAAUUUGACAAUUUUUCUAUUCGUUCGAUUUCCCUAACACCAUGCAAAAAAGGUAAAUUUUAACACCCUUAUUUCAACAGCAAGAUUUGAGUUUUUUAAUUUUAACUUUUAAGUUUAGUUACUAUGGUAGUAGGAAGUUGUUAUAUCACAAGGUGAUCUCCCCGACUUUGCGUUACAUCCUAUCUUAAAAUAAUUGAGUAUAUGCGAUACUCUUGAUAUCUAGAACAAAUCCUUUUAACUACCAUAAAUGAAUAUUCAAAGUUCCUCCAUCCAGUAUUACUGAUAGUCAUCCUUCCUUCAUAAAAAAGGUAAAAUAAAUUUUCAAAACAAUCAAAUAAAUUCACUCACUAGGCAUUUGUGUACGAAAAUCGCUAAUACUACCCGGUAGUCCAAAUUGUAGCAGGUAGGGCGGAGUUCGAACCAGGAACUUAGUGGAUGAAAUUCGAACGUUUUGACUAAUCAGCCACCGCACUAAUGUGAACGACGAAACCCACACUAAUCACCAGCACAGCGCAAAUAGAGAACUAAAUGCAUUCUUAAAAGUGAGUUUGUGAUGUCUCUUGAAUAAUUUUUGGUAAUCACAGUCAUUGCAUAAAUACAGAGCUACUAACCUCUCUAGUUGAAUUAAAGAAUGUCUAUUAAAAAUGAAAGCGUGAUAUGAAACAGUAUAAGAAAAACCUGUAGAACUUCAAAUUUUAAAGAAAGUCAUUCAAAGUAAUUCCAAAUAGAUGAGGAUUUAAAUCUCGACAUGAAGGUAAGUUGAUAAGGAUUCCCAAAACUAGGAUUUGUUUUUUUAAUGGAACUUAUAUUUAAGAAGUUGUAUACCACCAAAUAAUUCAAAACAUUUCCCUAAAAUCUAAUGCAAUCAAUUUUACUCCUAAAUGCAUCUUUAACUUGUAGGUUUGCAAUAUUUCUGUAGACACAAAUAGUUUGAUUUUCAAGCCUUGGGUUUAUUUUAGACUUAUACAUUGAUUUUAAUGGUUAUGCUUGUGGAAGUCAGAAGUUAUUGUUUACCACCUAUGUUUUCACGUUAUUAUCCCAUGGAAUAAAAAGACAGAUUGCAGCUGUAAUUGUGGUACAACAAACGUAGUCGUUCGAUAGUACUGAUCCACUUUAAUCAGUGACUUAUGCAACAUGUAAUCAGAUUCUACAUGGCAUUCUCUACUGAUCACUAGUUAAUAAUUGGAACAAUAUCUAUGAAACUCAAGACUUUACCAGGCAAUCAUAAAUGAGCGAUUCGAAAGCUGAAGUUAAAAACAGUCAGAUAUUUGUAGUAUUCAUUUAAACAAACCAUGUGGAAUUCAACUUGCCUUAUGUUAGAAGUACAAGCAAGCAAGUGGCUAAACCAUUAAAGCAAGACCGCAAAUAUUAAAAAGUUUUCGUUUCCCAAAUAUUUCUUGUAUUUGUAAAUAUGUUGGUUUAAAUUUCUAAUCAAAAUGUUGAUAAUCUGUAGAUAAAAUGAAAAUUGUUGUGUUUAGAUUUAACGUACUGAAGCCACAGUAAAUGUUUACCACCAUUUAACGAAUGCUUGUUGGUACUUUCGUUUCCUCAGUGAAAUAACCGUACAAUUACUUAUUUUUCCCUUACGGGUUUUUGAUAAUUAUUUUUAUAGUUACAUUCAGGCAAAUAGCCUGUCUUAUAAAGUAAUAAAAUGUUAUACCUUUAUCGUCUAUUAUCAUUUGAGACAAUGAAUAUCUUUGAAUUAAACAGUAAGCAAUAACAGAAAGGACUGUUCGUUAUUCGUCAUUUGUCAGUUACUUUCUUAAUGAAUUUACUAUUGUACCACUUAGGACAAUUAUUUGGAAUUCAUUUCCUCUAAAAAAUUUCCACUUAUAAACGAUGUCAGUGAUUGGUACGCUGAUAAUUAGGUUACAUUUGAAAAUCUUAUUUAUAUCAUUAAUUCUAACCGUAUUGACCAGUUGAGUCAACAUCAGUGUCUUUAAAUACCUUUUUAAAUAAUUACACUUAUCGUCGGGAUUUCGACAGAAAUUAAGUACAUAUGCAGUAAAAUAAGUUCUAUUUGUUGGGAGAUGUUAAGCUUUUCAAAGUAACUGUCACUCAUUCCGGUAAAAACCAAAUUUCAUCGUAGUUUUGUAGCAAAUAUCAAAGACUACGCAUUCCAAGAAAAGCUUUAUUGAAACUAUUCUGAUUAUCGAUAAAGUAUUUAAUUGUCGCCCCUGUCAUUAGUAUUGUAUAAUUUGCAAAUAAUCCACACAUUUUUCAUUGGAUUUAUGGUGUUGCGGUUCGCUUAAAUCAAUUAACCAGAUCCAAGCAGUAUUUAGACAGCACCGUGAUGUAGUCACUCAACUUAAUGACCGUAUGGUAAACUUAGCUCUAAGGUUUCACCCAACAUUAAACACGAUACAAAUUAUUUGUUGCAACCCAGUAACUGGUUAUUUUGAAAUAUGUGAUUAGUAACUCCGAAAUUCUUUAUUUCUUUCAUUAAACUAACGUCACUGUAAUCUGGUAGUUAGUUUUACAUACAUGUUUUGACCAGUUUUUUUAAAAAUCUAUUUAACAGGCUGUUAAGUUGUGCUGGACCAAUAGUCUGUUCGAUGCCUACUUACAUCUGUACACAGAUAUUUUAAUGGAUUUCGAAACGCCUUUCAACGAUCUCAUACAAUACCUGACCAGUAGUUUGAACGAUUCCAAUGAAGAAACAGAGAAAUAUGAUCGUAACAGAGUAGAAAAAUGUGGACAUUGUUUACUGGUCUUGCUUCGUUCAGCAUUUGCAGGCGAAUCAUUCUGCCAUCAACGUUUACCCUCACCACUGCAUCAAGAUAUUCCCUUAAAGGUUAAGUUUAAUGUACUUCUAAAAUCUUACGUUGUUGUCUAAUCUACGUUAAAUCAAGUUGUGUUUUUGGGAUCCUCUUUUACGUUAUUAAUAGUUGUAUUUAGAAAAUAUUGACGAAAUUUAAGGGGACAUUUGUGUCAUAUUUUCACUCGAAAAAGUGACAUUCGAAUUAGCGUUUUGUUGCUUUACAAUCGAAACCAGGAGGCACAAAUAUUAACCAGGUUUCAGAUAAGCGACUCUUGUCCAACUUUAUCAUACAGAUUAUUUGAUAUGCUUGCAUUGAAUGGUUGAUAAAAAUUUAAUAUAGUUAUCAGUUGGGACGCAUAAAUGUUAGUAGAGCCUUUGUAACCUGCUAUUAGCACUACAACUGACAUACAGGUUUCGCUUUAAACUGAUCUGUUAUCCUCUAUCUGAUUACCCUAUAAUAAUCAGUUUUUGUUCAACUAUUUUGUCCUUCGUAUUACUAACUUACUCGUGUGUACUACCUCUAGGUUUUUAACCUUAUGCUCAGUGAAUCUUUCCUAAACGUAAAAUGUCCACUCAGGUUUUUAAAAAAUGUUAAGUAUCCUGUCUUGCACCUGCUCCUGAAAUACAACACAAUAGACUUUCUCAAUUUACUCACUUUAUCAGCUUCGGAUGAAUUUUUUGCCAAAGGACAGUUGGGGUAAGCAUUCUCCAUCGUAUUUUUUUUAAAUAUAUUUUGAAAUAAACGCUAUUGAUUAUGCCUAUUUGGUUUUCAGUAAAUAGGCAACAGUGACUAAGUGCUUAAACUGUAUAUCUGGAGGUUAAACGUUCAAACUCAUUUUGAUUUAAGCAGCUAAGUGAGUAAUAUCACUAGCCGUAUUAAUACAUGUAGAGUUUAGCUGAGUGCAUUAAUCUAUGGUUCGUUUUUGAAUCACAUCAUUAAUAUAAAUUGUGGUAGUAAGUCAUAUCAAUCAUUAGAGGGGAUCAUUUCUAUUAUAAUCUGUUUUAGAUAAUUAAAAUAACCCAUAGUGUCAUUGAAUAAGAAAAAGAGAACUCAGCGAUGAGAAUUUUUUUGACGAAAUCAUUUACUUAAGCUGUACAUUCGUGUAUAUAUAGUUAUAUGGAAAAUACAUAUCUAUAGGAGGAUAGAAAACAUGGCAUCACAAAAAUGGAUUCGAGACUCUUAUUAUUAAAUGAGGUUACGUACUAAUCAAGGGGUAAGGAAGAAAAUCGUUUGUGGGUCAGAUAAUAGUCCAAUUGACAAAUAUUGAAGAAAAACGACAAACACAAAAGUCAUAAUAAUAGACUGAAUAAUAAUCAAGAAAACUUGUAUGAGGUAACAAUAAUAAUAAGAAGAAGAAUAACUGACUAGAGUUUAAGAUUGCAAAGUAAUAGUUAAAAAAAUUCAAUAAUGAUCAGAUGAAAAUGCAGAAAAAAAUACCAAGAAACAUACCCAUUCAGGGAAUUAGGGCCAAGGAAGGAUGAGAGGUUGGACAAAUCGUUUCUGCACGCAAAGUUCGGGCUUGAGUUGGUGAAUUGCCAAUGCCUCAGCAGUGCAUAGAAUAUUGAUUCGACACCCGUUCGAUCCAUUUCCUUUGACUCUGUAGAUCACUUUAAAAAAGAAUGUUAUAACUGUGAAAAAUGCUGCGGAUUAAGGGGUAGCGAAUUACUGAUCGGACCAAAGACGCAUAAACACGUAGAACGGCCUAGGGUUCUGAUUGGUCCCGCUUCCCUGUCUAACCCAGCCAGUUGAGUCCAGAACACAAGUCACAGCCUCGGACAUAUGAAUCAUUAUAUUUCAAACAUACUUUGUUUAUAUACCAGUCAAGCAGACCACAACGUACCACAAAAUAGAAAAUAACAUUGUACGAUAUUGGCCAACAGGAAAAUAACACGUCAAAUAAAUAUUGACCAAUAAGACGAUACCAUUUCAUGUCCAAGGAUAGCAUUAGACUUAACAGGAUAAUUUUUGGGAUAUUUUCCUGAAUAUCCCAACACCUCCCUUUUUUUGGAGAUCCGGAGUUGAUGUCCGGAUUUUAAAUUUUUGUCGCAUCUAUCCUCCCCCUCGAAAUAAUGUUGGGUCCUCAUAUACCCAAGUAACAGUUAGUGUGACUCUAUUUGAAGCAUAUUUCCCGCAUUGAGUAGAGUCCACUAGAGCUGACUAGAUGGUGAGGAUCAGCGACAGUAAAUAUGAGGUCAUUAGGGUUUGAUUCUUGUGAAACAUUUCCAUCAGAUCUCUUCAAAAUUCCAUUAGUGGAUAAUAGGUCACUAAAAUAAACAGCAUCUAUCAAAAUUGUAUUAGAUUUCUGACCAUUAUUUGAUGUAUGGGACACAUUUUCUGGCAAAACAAGAGGAUCUUUUCGUGAGCUGGAUAUGCUACUGUCUGUACAUGCUGUUUCGGGGAUGAUGGAGUUUGACUCCAUUACCGGGCAUGUUUCUGGAAUAGAAAGUACUGGACCACUGGGCGCAUCAUUGAUGGCUGUUUCGUCUGAAGUACAGUUCAUCGAGGAUUCAUGGAGGCUGCUGUUAUUUUCCAGCUCACUGUGUAAUUGAGAUAUCAAUCCAUCCACUUCCGUCGCGUCUUCAUAGCAUGAGUGAUUUAGCAGCUGCGUGCGGAAUUUGACUAAUAACUCCGAAUGUCGUUCAAAGAGCAGCUGUAAUCGAUCGGAAGGGAGAGUCAUUUUUUCGAAUCAGCACCUGUGAUGAAAAUUACUGUAUGACUAAUGACCAAUGUCGUCGAAGGACAGUGACGACAAUCUGGAUGCUGAUUGGUUGAAUAAUUAGACUGGAUUUCGUCCAAUUACAGAAUGACUUUGGAUUGUUUUUUUUUCUUCACCCCGUCGCCAAUUGUUAUGGCUUUAAUUUGGGUCGAUUUUUACCCUGUGCUAAUUGUUGUGUCCUUGACUGGAAAAAUUAGAGAGCAGCGUAUUUAUCGAUCGAUUACAGUGAUAUGUCCAUAGUUGAUUAAAUGCUCCUGUAUAGAACUAGUGAUUGUCUUACAUUCUCCUUUUACAAGCCGAGCCGGAUAGUGUUCUGAGGUGUGUUUGGAAGGUAGUCGCUUUGUUCGGCCUAUAUAACGAGCCCCACAUAAGCAUGUAAAUUUAUAAAUACACAUUGAUGUGGCCCAAAGCGAAAGUUUAUCUUUAACACAUCCAGGAAUAUUAGGCCGGCUUGAGAAAACAGUUCGGAGCUUGGCUGUGUAGAAAGUUAUAUUCAAUGAUUUUGAAAUCCGUUUAUUUAAGGUUUCAGUAGCCGUGUCUCCUUACAUAUUCAUGAACAGGGUUUUCUUUUGUACUGUUGAUACUUUCUCAUGAUGAAUUCUAGGUGUUAAGUUACUAUCGACAAAUCUAGGUGGAUAACCGUUUCUGAUGAGAGUUUGUCGAAGUUGAAUUAGUUCCUCAUCUAUUGUGUCAGUGGAACAGAUUCGCUUGAUCCUAGAGGAUAAACAGUGAAUUAAGUUCCUCUUUCUACUCAAUGGGACCCAACUAUGAAAAUUAGUGUACUGCCCAUUCCAAUUAGGUUUUUUAUAUAUGGAUCGCUGUAAAAAAACCUUCGGGCAUUCUUUUUAAUCGGACAUCAAGAAAUUAGAAUUCAUUAUUUACCUCUGCUUCUAAGGUAAAUUGAAUUGAGCGGUGACAAUUAUUGAAAUCCAAGUAACCUUAAGGAUUAACACAAAUGUUUUUUCCCAAUAUUACUUACUUACACCUGUUACUCCUCGUGAAGGAGCAUAGGUCGCUCACCAGCAUUCUCCAUCCAACCCUGUCCUGGGCAAUCCUUUCCAGCUCCUUCCAGUUGUAAUUCAUCCUUUUCAUAUCUGCUUCUAUUAUCCGACGUAAUGUGUUCUUUGGCCUUCCUCUUUUCCGCUUCCCUUCAGGAUUCCAAGUUAGAGCUUGCCUCGUGAUGC